GAAUGGGGUGAACGUGGAGGGAGCCACACACAAGCAGGUGGUGGAUCUGAUCCGAGCUGGAGAGAAGGAGUUGAUCCUGACUGUGCUGUCAGUGCCUCCCCACGAGGCUGAGAACUUGGACCCUGGGGAUGAUCCUUUGGGACAAUCCUUCUACGACUACACGGAAAAACAGGCUGUGCCCAUCUCCAUCCCGACCUACAAACAUGUGGAACAGAACGGGGAGAAGUUUGUGGUGUACAACGUGUACAUGGCAGGGAGGCAGCUCUGCUCCAAGCGCUACCGCGAGUUCGCCAUACUCCACCAGAACCUCAAGCGGGAAUUCGCCAACUUCACCUUCCCGAGGCUUCCCGGAAAGUGGCCAUUCUCCCUGUCCGAGCAGCAGCUGGAUGCGCGGAGGAGAGGCCUGGAGGAGUACCUGGAGAAAGUGUGUUCCAUACGUGUCAUCGGGGAGAGUGACAUCAUGCAGGAGUUCCUGUCUGAGUCUGACGAGAACUACAACGGCGUCUCGGACGUGGAGCUCCGCGUGGCACUGCCCGAUGUCACGACUGUGACAGUCAGGGUCAAAAAGAACAGCACCACUGACCAGGUGUACCAGGCUGUGGCUGCCAAAGUCGGGAUGGACAGUGUCACUGCCAACUACUUUGCCUUGUUUGAGGUGAUCAAUCACUCCUUUGUGCGCAAACUGGCGCCCAACGAGUUCCCCCACAAGCUGUACGUGCAGAACUACACCUCAGCCGUGCCAGGGACCUGCCUGACCAUCAGGAAGUGGCUCUUCACCACGGAGGAGGAGGUGCUGCUCAACGACAAUGACCUGGCAGUCGCCUACUUCUUCCAUCAGGCUGUUGAUGAUGUCAAGAAAGGCUACAUCAAAGCAGAGGAGAAGUCCUACCAGUUACAGAAACUCUGUGAGCAGAGAAAGAUGGUCAUGUACCUGAACAUGUUACGGACGUGUGAGGGCUACAACGAGAUCAUCUUCCCGCACUGCUCCUGCGACUCGCGGCGCAAGGGACACGUCAUCACGGCCAUCAGCAUCAAGCACUUUAAACUCCACGCCUGCACCGAGGAGGGGCAGCUGGAGAACCAGGUAAUAGCCUUCGAGUGGGAGGAGAUGCAGCGAUGGGACACGGACGAGGAGGGAAUGGCCUUCUGCUUCGAGUACGCACGGGGGGAGAAGAAGCCUCGAUGGGUUAAGAUCUUCACCCCCUACUUCAACUACAUGCACGAGUGCUUUGAACGCGUUUUCUGUGAGCUCAAGUGGAGGAAGGAGAACAUUUUCCAGCUGGUGCGGUCACAGCAGAGGGAUGCAGCCACUUAA